AGCGAGCCAUGGCCACCUCCCUCCCUCUCCAUCCGACCAUCUCUGCAUACCUAGGGCCUUGGGCACUUCGACUCUCCGGGUCCCAGCCCCUCCAUCCAUGCGAGGGCGACAAUGGCGCCCGCCUCCGUCGCCGUCUCCCUCCGCUUCCGGUUCCUCCUCGGGCCCCGGCCGUUCCGCGGGAGGGCGAGGUGGCCCCGGGCGAUUAGGGCUUCGGCUUCGAGCGACACCGGUGGCGUUGCGGGCGGGGGGCGGAAGGUAGAGGCUCUGGAGAGGAGGGUGGGAGAUCUGAGGGCGCUCGUCGCCUCCGUUCCUCCUGCUGUUGCUUCGAUCCGGAGAAACAUUGGUCCGAAUUUUGUUGCUGGUUUCUGUCUUGGCGUUGCAGUUUUGGCUGCUGUUGCAAGACAGGUCAUCAUAAGAAGUCGAGAGCAUGAUAAUAGAGGUUCUGUUGCUGAUCUAGUAAGGCGUGGACAGUUAAAAUCAGGCCAACGAGGGAAUGCAAAGCUCCGCACAUAUGAUGAUCCUUUCAAUACUCCAUUAGUCAAGAUUGAUGAGGAUAGUUCUACUGCACAAAUGUUUGGCAAGGAGUACCGAUUAGCUCCUGUUAGGCUUACGAAAGAACAACAAGAAAUGCAUCAGAAAAGGAGAUCACGUGCAUAUCAGUGGAAAAGGCCAACUGUGUUUCUAAGGGAAGGUGAUUCCUUACCACCAGACGUUGACCCAGAUACAGUUAGAUGGAUUCCAGCAAACCACCCUUUCGCUGCUGCUUCAAGUGAAGUAGAUGAGGAGACUGCCAAACAGAAUGUUUAUCAAAAAGAUGGUGUCCCAUCCCGUGUUAAGGCUGAACAUGAAGCUUUGCAGGCAAGGCUGGAGGCUUCAAAUGAUGUUACCAAACUCCCUUCAGAUUCAAGGAGUAUGCAGCAUAAUGAGAGGUUAUCUGGUAAACCAUCUGGGAAUCUUCAGAGCUCGAAGUUUGGCUCGGAGUUAGAGAAGCAAGAUAGACAACUGAUUAUUGAGCCUGGAAAACAUAGCUCUGAUGAAAGUUUACAGUCAAACAGGCUGGAAGGGAAAUAAUAUCUGUGUACUUCAGCUCUUUGGUAAUAUUUGCUUUGUUGCAUAGUGUUAUCAGCUUUUAGCUUUUAGCUGUAGGUAUAGAUGUUUUGGAACAGUGGGCAUACCAGCUUAAUAGUGAGCAUUUGACAUGGAGAGUCGCUUGAUGCGUUGUAAAUGGAUAUUUCUUCUGUCAGAAGCAUUUAAGAUGCAAACUAUGCGGCAUGUUUGUCA